UCUUAAAUAUACUGACAUUGAAUGAGAAGAAUUGUGACCAGCUAGGAAAAUAUCCUGCAAGGAAUGGAAUUAGCUCAUAGCUUAUUGCUGAAUGAAGAAGCGUACAGUCACCUAGGUGAAGUUCAGAAGGCAGAGUUUAUUUUUGAGUGGUUGAGAUAUCUGGAGAAGCUUUUGCUGGCAACCAACAGGCGUGAUGUAAGGGAGAAACAGAAGACUCUUGUCGAACAGCUCCUGUCUUUGUUGAACAGCUCCCCAGGGCCUCCUACUCGGAAACUCCUUGCUAAGAAUCUUGCAAUACUUUAUAGCAUUGGUGACACAUUCUCUGUUUACGAGACAAUCGAUAAAUGUAAUGACCUUAUUCGUAGCAAAGAUGAUUCUCCAAGUUAUCUUCCCACUAAACUUGCUGCUGUGGUAUGCUUGGGUUCCUUGUACAAGAAGUUGGGUAGAAUACUGGGUAAUACCUUUACUGAUACAGUGGGGAAUAUUCUUAAAGCUAUGAAAAGUGCAGAGUCUCAAGGUCGAUAUGAGAUUAUGCUGAGUCUACAAAAUGUAUUGAGGGGACUAGGAGCUGCUGCUACACCUUGCCACAGGGAUAUUUAUAAAGCUGCUAGAUCCUGCUUGACAGAUAGAUCCAUGGCUGUUCGUUGUGCUGCUGCAAAGUGUCUCCUUGAACUUCAGAAUGAGGCUAUCUUCAUGUGGAGUACAGACCUGGACAGCGUGGCCACACUAUGUUUUAAGGCCUUCGAAGGUUCCAAUUAUGAUGUGCGGAUUUCAGUUUCAAAGCUACUGGGCACAAUAUUGGCUAAAGCUCUAAUUUCUAAACAUCCAGGAACAGCAGCCUCACGUCAAAGCAUUCGCAGAGUAUCUCUGGAGGAAGUUCUGGAAUUACUAGGAACAGGGUUUCUACGUGGGAGUUCAGGAUUUCUUCGAGCCAGUGGAGAUAUGCUGAAAGGAACCAGUUCAGUCAGUAGGGAUGUUCGAGUUGGAGUUACUCAGGCUUAUGUAGUAUUCAUUUCAACACUAGGAGGAGCUUGGCUAGAGAAAAAUUUUGCUGCCUUUCUUUCUCAUAUCCUGAGCCUUGUGUCACAGUCACACCCUAAAGCCACCCAAACUCAGAUUGAUGCUGUCUGCUGUCGACGUUGUGUUUCAUUUAUUCUUCGAGCUACCAUAGGAGGACUUCUUGGAGAAAAGGCCCAAAUUGCUGCUGUGAAGGAUAUUUGCCAGGCCAUCUGGAAGCUAAAGAAAAUUGUGGAUGCAGUACUAAGUGAUGGUAACUUAGAAACUCAGCUUGGUUCUACAGAUAUAGCAGCUAGCCAGCAUAUGCUGGUGUGUGCACUGCAAGAACUUGGGAGUCUCAUAUACAGUCUUGGCACCACAGCUGCACCUUUGCUGCAGGAUUCAAGUGCAGGCCUCCUUGAUAGUGUCAUUUCAGUUAUUCUUCAUCCUAGCACAUCUGUUCGACUAGCAGCAGCUUGGUGUUUACACUGCAUUGCUGUGGCAUUACCUUCCUACCUAACACCUCUCUUAGAUCGUUGCCUUGACCGUCUUACUGUACAUAAGUCUUCACCUGAAGCAGUGACUGGCUUUAGUUUUGCUGUGGCAGCUUUGUUGGGAGCAGUGAAACGUUGUCCUUUAGGAAUUCCACAUGGAAAGGGGAAGAUUAUUAUGACAUUAGCAGAAGAUUUACUGUGUUCUGCUGCUCAAAACAGUCGUCUUUCAGCUCAGCGCACACAAGCUGGAUGGUUGCUGAUUGCUGCUCUGAUGACAUUAGGUCCUGCAGUUGUCAGUCACCACCUUGCUCGAGUUCUGCUGUUGUGGAAAUGUGUCUUUCCAGCAUCUCCUAAAGAUCUAGAAACAGAAAAGAGCCGAGGAGAUUCUUUUACAUGGCAGGUAACCCUGGAAGGACGAGCUGGUGCACUCUGUGCUAUCAAGAGCUUUGUUUCCCACUGUGGCGAUCUCCUUACUGAGGAAGUUAUUCAGCGUCUUCUUCCACCACUUCCUUGUGCUGUGGAUUUGCUAACUCAGCUUUCUUCAAUACUGAAAACAUAUGGAAGUCCUUUGAAAACACCGUCUGUAGUUUAUAGACAAAGACUUUAUGAACUGUUGAUUUUAUUACCUCCUGAAACCUAUGAAGGAAACCUCUGUGCUGUCCUCCAAGAACUGGCUGCUGACUUGACUGCCCCUGAUAUCCAGGUGGCAGCAUCUACGUUUUUACUUCCAUCCCUCUGUCAUCAGGAUGAUCUUUUGAUACUAAGUCCUGUGCUGCAAGAGACUGACCAUAGAUUUAUUGAAGAACAACUUCUGCUUGGCAGUGGUGUUGCUUGUGGAAGUCUUGAAUAUGACCCUUAUUCUAUUUUUGAGAAAGAUGUAAAGGGAGAUUCAGUGCCUAAACCCUUGCCUCCAACACUGUCAGUUAUUAGCUCUGCAGCCAAACUCUUUGGGAUUGUAUGUGCUCAUGUGGAAGAAGCUCAAAGGAUUCUUACAUUGGAACAGCUUUUGGACAGUAUAAAGCGCACAAAAGGAGCUCGUCAGCAAGUAGUUCAGUUACAUGUUGUUUCUUCAGUUUCUAGUUUCCUGAAGUAUGUGGCUGGCUCCAAGGGAAGUUUAGGUACAGAGGAAAUGAGAAGACUUGCUCUAACAUUAGUUAUGGGAGGCCUAGAAAGUUCCAACCCCCUGUUGAGAUGUGCAGCUGCAGAGGCAUGGGCCAGAUUAGCCCAAGUGGUUGAUGAUGGAACUUUUACAGCCGGAUUAGCUCAAAUUAGCUUUGACAAAUUAAUAUCAGCAAGGGAUGUGGUUACCAGAACAGGAUACUCAUUGGCUUUGGGGUCCCUAAACAGGUAUUUAGGAGGAAUAAGUUCUUCUCAACACUUGAAUUCUUGUAUUGGAAUCCUUUAUGCUUUGUCUCAGGAUAACACAUCUCCUGAUGUGCAGGUGAGUACCUCAUGUGCUACUUUCUUUGAAAUUCAUGAUUUAUGUAAUAGUACCUCAGUUUCUACCUUCAGGACUUCCUGUCUGUUGGGUUGUGCAGUGAUGCAGGAUAACCCAAACUGCCUUGUUCAAGCACAGGCCAUCUCUUGCCUUCAGCAGCUUCAUAUGUUUGCUCCACGAUAUGUCAACUUGUCUAGUCUGGUUAGCUGCCUCUGUGUGAAUCUUUGUAGUCCCUACUUGUUGCUGAGAAGAGCUGUACUGGCUUGCUUACGUCAGCUGGUACAGAGAGAAGCAGCUGAAGUUUCAGAACAUGCUGUUAUGUUUGCUAAGGAUAGAAGACAGGAAUGGACCCCAGAUGCUAACAUCAGAGAAUUUGGACUGGAAGGGGCAUUAUUGACCUUACUCGACAAAGAGACAGAUCACAUACUAUGUCAUGAUAUCAAAGAGACUUUAAAUCACAUGCUAACAUCUAUGGCAGUGGAAAAACUCUCCCUUUGGUUAAAGCUUUGUAAAGAUGUACUUGCUGCAUCAGCUGAUUUUUCAACUGUAAUUUGUGUGGAUACAAUGCAAGAGGAAGAAGGAGAUAAAGGAGAUGAUGCCUCAGUCCUGACCACCAGAAAUCAUGAAAAAUCCCAUCCUUUUACCAAUCCCCGAUGGGCCACUAGAGUUUUCGCUGCUGAAUGUGUCUGCAGGAUAAUUAACCAGUGUGAGAAUGCGAACAUUGCACAUUUUGACUUUGCUUUAGCACAAGAUAUGAAAAAAAAGGAUUCAAGAAAUGACUUUUUGGUGCUACAUCUUGCUGAUUUAAUUCGCAUGGCUUUUAUGGCUGCCACAGACCACAGUGACCAGCUCCGUCUUUCUGGCCUCGAAACACUGUUAGUUGUUAUUCGGCAAUUUGCAGCUAUUCCAGAACCAGAGUUUCCAGGUCAUGUGAUUCUGGAACAAUAUCAAGCCAAUGUAGGAGCAGCACUUAGACCAGCCUUCACUUCAGAGACUCCACCUGAUGUCACUGCCAAAGCAUGUCAGGUCUGCAGUGCCUGGAUAACAAGUGGAGUUGUAAGUGACCUUAAUGAUCUCCGAAGAGUUCAUCAGUUGCUUGUUUCAUCAUUAACAAAAAUACAGGCUGGAAAAGAAGCUGUAAGUCAUUUAUAUAAUGAAAGUGCUUCUACCAUGGAGAUCUUAGCUGUGCUAAAAGCCUGGGCAGAGGUCUAUGUAAUUGCUGUACAAAGACAUAAAAACCACAAACAAUCUUUGAAGACUACCACCUGUUUAGAAGAAAGUGUCAGAAAUGGAUCAUAUGCAUCAGACGGACUGCUUGAGUUAGUCUACACAGAUCUUGGCACACUAAGCAGACUCUGGCUUGCUGCACUUCAGGAUUUUGCUCUCUUAACUUUGCCUUCAGAAUUUGCCUCCCAACUUCCUGCUGAGGGUGGUGCUUUCUACACAGCAGAGACUAGUGAAAAUGCAAAGUGGCAUUAUUACAACUCCUGGGCACACAUCCUUCAUGCUACAGCAUUGUGGCUUACAAGCACAGGCUUUGUUGUUGCUGACCCAGAUGAAGGAGCAUCUGAUCUCUCAAGGCCUGUAACACCAACUUCCAUGUGUCAGAGUUCAUCAUCUGGGACUACAGUAAAGUCCCCUGAGGAUGUCUACACUGAUAGAUUUCAUCUUAUUUUAGGAAUCAGUGUGGAAUUUCUGUGUUCUUUACGCUCAGAUGCAACCAUGGAAAGCAUUACUGCUUGUUUAAAUGCAUUGCAGGCACUUCUAGAUGUUCCUUGGCCCAGAUCUAAAAUUGGCAGUGAUCAGGACCUGGGUAUCGAGUUGCUGAAUGUGCUACAUAGAGUAAUUUUGACCAGAGAAUCACCUUCUAUUCAAUUGGCUUCACUUGAAGUGGUAAGACAGAUUAUCUGUGCAGCUCAAGAACACGUGAGGGAGAAAAGACGAAGUGCAGAAGUCGAUGAUGGGGCUGCUGAAAAGGAAACCCUGCCCGAGUUUGGAGAGGGAAAGGAUACAGGAGGACUUGUGCCUGGGAAGUCUUUGGUGUUUGCAACACUAGAAUUGUGUGUAUGCAUCCUAGUUAGACAGCUCCCAGAACUAAAUCCUAAAUUGACAGGUAGCCCAGGAGUAAAAGCCACAAAGCCACAGAUGUUGUCAGAAGAUGGAAGUAGACUGGUUUCAGCUGCAUUGGUUAUUCUCUCUGAACUUCCUGCGGUGUGCUCUCCUGAAGGUAUGCUGUACAGCUUCACACAGAUAUGUAAAGCAGUAUAUAUAAUGUUUCUAAUAGAUCAUUUCUCUUUAGUUGAUGGAACACAGCAAGAACUUGAUGAAAUCAGUCUACUUACUGCUAUCACAGUAUUCAUUUUGUCUGCCAGUCCGGAAGUAACUAUCAUCCCAUGCCUCCAGAAGCGUUGUAUUGAGAAAUUUAAGGCUACUCUUCAGAUAAAAGAUCCUAUGGUACAAAUCAAGACCUAUCAGCUUCUACAUUCCAUUUUUCAGUAUCCAAAUCCAGCUGUUUCCUAUCCUUACAUUUACUCUUUGGCAUCUAUUAUUGUGGAAAAACUGCAAGAAAUAUACAAGAGAAAACCUGAAAGCACUACUGAGCUUCAGAUCUUUCAAGAAAGUAUAAAAGUUUUGGAAACACUGGUUACUGUUGCAGAAGAACAGCAUCGCUCUCAGCUGGUGGCCUGUCUUUUACCCAUCCUCAUUUCCUUCCUUUUGGAUCAGAAUGCUCUGGGAUCUGCAACUUCCACAAUGAGAAAUUUACAUGACUUUGCUUUGCAAAAUCUCAUGCAGAUUGGGCCUCAGUAUUCAUCAGUUUUUAAAAGUUUAAUGGCUUCUUCUCCUGCCCUGAAAGCUCGCCUUGAGUCUGCUGUAAAGGGCAAUCAGGAAAGUAUCAAAGUCAAGAUACCAACAUCUAAGAACCCUGGAAAGAAUUCAAGCAUCCAAUUAAAGACCAAUUUCCUCUGAUAUUAUAUUUUUUGGAAUAGUAAGCACUUUUUAUAUAAAUAAUACUUGAUCAUUUCC